AUGUCUGAUACGAUCAAGGAUGUUUCCGUUCGUCUUCUCUUCCCCAUUUAUUUUAUGAUGGUUGCAGGUACAUAUAUACCACGCACCAUUGUUUCCUUGAUCUCGAGCGGACAAUUCGGAACAUUGUGCUCGCCGUCCGCAUUCAAAGAUGCUUGGUUCGCACGAUUCUGGGGAGUUUAUGGUCCCCUUAUUCGCCAAAACAACAGCACCGUCGUCGCCCCCCUGAUCGAUCAAGCACGCGGUAUUGUGCUUGACAUCGGUCCCGGAUCAGGAGAAUGGCUGUCUUUAUUCAACAAGGAGAAUGUCACAAAGAUUUAUGGUGUGGAGCCAAACGUCGACCACCACCCUCGUCUGAGGGAAAAGAUCGUGCAGGCAGGGCUGCAAGACAAAUAUGUCAUUAUCCCUGUCGGCAUCGAAGAUUUGGGCGAAGGGUGGGUGCAAAAAGGGUCUGUAGACUCUGUGGUCACUGUUCUGUGCCUCUGUUCAAUUCCGACGCCAGAGUACGUGAUUAGUGAGUUGUAUCAAUAUAUGAGGGAAGGUGGUAUUUGGAUCAUCUACGAGCACGUCAAGACCAAGGAGGGUGCGCUAAUGACUACCUAUCAAUGUGAGCUUCUCUUCUCAAUUCAUCAGUUCUGA